ACAAAAGUCUAUUAUAACUAAGCCUCUCUUCUUCUUCGUCCAGGAUGAGAAUAUUGAAGACCCAAAGAUCCUCGAGAGGAGGAAGAAGAAACAUCAAGAAACAAGGAAGCAGAAGAUCACAUGUUUCGUCACGAGCCAGCAUUAUCAGGAACUGUUCCAGAAACAGUGGAGAUAAGUUCACCGAGAAGCUUCAGGCGCUUAAGAGUCUUCUUCCUCCGUCAGAGACCAACAAGACGGAUCACAAUCGUCACGUGGAGGAGAAACCAAAUAGUGGAGAGACGGAACAGCUGUUUCAAGAAACGGCGGAUUACAUCGUCAGGCUUAGGAACCAAGUCAUCGUGUUGCAAAAGCUAAUCGAGAUAUAUGGAUCAUCAUCAUCCUCUGAUCAGACGGAAGACUUUGUCUUAUAAUGUUCAUAUUUUUAAAUUAUGAUUUUGUUUUCUGAAACUUUAAGCAUUUUAUUUUUAUGUAUUACGUACUUUAAACCUAUAUGGUUUUACGUAGUUUAAUGUAUAAUGGUCUUAUUUUUGUUCUCCGACAUACGUAAUCAAAGCGCGUUGUUUGCUCGUUGUUGGCA